GGCAGAGCGCAGGACCGCUGUCGGCGGGGAGCAGCACCCACAGACACACCUGUGCGUUUCAUUCCAGUGGGCGAGGGGCGUCGAGCGGGCCCGCCGCCUUCUUCCCCACCCCCUCCGGCCAGGGGCGAGAAUCGCAGGACUCAGGAUCUCCAUCGGGCGGACUCGCUGGGAUCUCCGCAUUGGAUUUGGGGCUGAUUUUCACUGCUUGGCUAUAUUAUUGUCAUUUUUUUUCUUUUAACCCAAGGGAGAAAGACAAAAACACAAAACUGUGGGAUUUAUUUAACAUGAUCUUGGCAAACGCCUUCUGCCUCUUCUUCUUUCUAGACGAGACCCUCCGCUCUUUGGCCAGCCCUUCCUCCCUGCAGGGCCCCGAGCUGCACGGCUGGCGCCCCCCAGUGGACUGUGUCCGGGCCAAUGAGCUGUGUGCCGCUGAAUCCAACUGCAGCUCCCGCUACCGCACGCUUCGGCAGUGCCUGGCCGGCAGGGACCGCAACACCAUGCUGGCCAACAAGGAGUGCCAGGCGGCCCUGGAGGUCCUGCAGGAGAGCCCGCUGUAUGACUGCCGCUGCAAGCGGGGCAUGAAGAAGGAGCUGCAGUGCCUGCAGAUCUACUGGAGCAUCCACCUGGGGCUGACCGAGGGGGAGGAGUUUUAUGAGGCCUCGCCCUACGAGCAGGUGACCUCCCGCCUCUCCGACAUCUUCAGGCUCGCGUCCAUCUUCUCAGGGACCGGGGCGGACCCGGCGGUCAGUGCCAAGAGCAACCACUGCCUGGACGCGGCCAAGGCCUGCAACCUGAAUGAGAACUGCAAGAAGCUGCGCUCCUCCUACAUCUCCAUCUGCAACCGCGAGAUCUCGCCCACCGAGCGCUGCAACCGCCGCAAGUGCCACAAGGCCCUGCGCCAGUUCUUCGACCGGGUGCCCAGCGAGUACACCUACCGCAUGCUCUUCUGCUCCUGCCAGGACCAGGCGUGUGCCGAGCGCCGCCGGCAGACCAUCCUGCCCAGCUGCUCCUACGAGGACAAGGAGAAGCCCAACUGCCUGGACCUGCGCAGCGUGUGCCGGACUGACCACCUGUGCCGCGAGUACACCUGCCGCAUGCUCUUCUGCUCCUGCCAGGACCAGGCGUGUGCCGAGCGCCGCCGGCAGACCAUCCUGCCCAGCUGCUCCUACGAGGACAAGGAGAAGCCCAACUGCCUGGACCUGCGCAGCGUGUGCCGGACUGACCACCUGUGCCGGUCCCGGCUGGCGGACUUCCACGCCAAUUGUCACGCUUCCUACCAGACGCUCACCAGCUGUCCAGCCGACAAUUAUCAGGCGUGUCUGGGCUCCUACGCGGGCAUGAUUGGGUUUGACAUGACGCCCAACUACGUGGACUCCAGCCCCACUGGCAUCGUGGUGUCCCCCUGGUGCAGCUGUCGGGGGAGUGGGAACAUGGAGGAGGAGUGUGAGAAGUUCCUCAGGGACUUCACCGAGAACCCCUGCCUUCGGAAUGCCAUCCAGGCCUUUGGCAACGGCACAGAUGUGAACCUGUCCCCCAAAACUCCCUCAUUCCCAGCUACCCAGGCUCCUCAGGUGGAGAAAACACCUUCUUUGCCAGAUGAUCUCAGUGACAGCACCAACCUGGGGACCAGCGUCAUCACUACCUGCACAUCUGUCGAGGAGCAGGGGCUGAAGGCCAAUAGCUCCAAAGAGCUGAGCACGUGCUUCACAGAGCUCACCACCAACAUCAUCCCAGGGAGUAACAAGGUGAUCAGACCCAACUCAGGCCCCUGCCGAGCCAGCCCGUCGGCCGCCUUGACGGCUGUCUCCUUCCUGAUGUUGAAGCUGGCCUUGUAGGCUCUGGGCACGGCGUCUGGAGGUUUCCGAAAGCUACGUGGAUGAGAGCACCCGCCUGCUGAAUGGACACACACACACACACACACACACACACACACACACACCUUGCAAAAAAUUUCCCUCACCUUGUCUCUGAACCUGUCUGUUCCCAGGUUUCUUCUCUAGAGAAGUUUUUCUAAGCCAAACAGACAGUAGGCGGGCAGCCUGAGAGCCUCCUGGGGGGCCCCUGGCAAGGGCACCCCAGCACCGAGGAGGGCGCGAGGGUCUAGACAUGCCCCACACCUUCUCCUGGUGUUUUCCUCUCUGGACCCUGACGAGACCCCUGCGGCUAUGGGACUGUGGCCGGGCCUGGUGUGGUCUGAGGCAGGACAGUGGCCGCUGCUCUUCUCAAGUUGCCCACUCUGGGGACUUGCUGGGCUGGCAAGUGGCGUCAGGUGGCAGAGCAGUGGGGCUGGCCCCUGGGUUCAACUGGGCACCAGUCGCACCUCCACGUGCUUUGACAGUGGGGUUUAUUUUGCCCUCCCUCUGGGCUGGGCAGGUCUGCUUCUGGCCUGUGGAGGGGUGUGCACGGAGGUCCCCCACUGUGGCACAGGCUGGGCAGCUCCAGGGCUGGGGGCUCAGCCCACCUGGGACACCCCCUCAGGAGGAGGGAGCAACACUUGGCCGCAGCUCGGGGCUGCUGCUUCCUCUUGGUGGCAGGAAUUUUGAAAUAAAAAAGAAACGAUUCUUUGGUGGCUCUCUUUGGAGAGGGGGCUGCUGAGAAGGGCAGCGAAGACCACAGUGGAUGUCCACCGCCCCACGCUCUGGUCUCUGCAGCUCUCUCCCCACUUCCACCUUAUCUUUCCUCAUUUCUGAGACAUACGCCAACUGUAUGUACACAACAUGUUGCCCUUCUCAACAUAUAUGUAUAUACACAUCCAUAUACAUAUAUCGUGUGGUCUCCCCUUUCUUUCCUUUUUUUUAAGAAACAAAACUAUUGAAAUAAUACCCCAACAGAUGAGCGAAAUGUAUUAUUGUAAAGUUUAUUUUUUUUAUAACAUUGUCUAUAAAGGGAUCGGAGGAGAUGGCCUCCCUGUGUCCCGGCCCAUCGGGCCGCCGGGCCGUGGGAGGGGCUCCUGAUCGCAUUCACGCUGGCCAGGCUCCAAUAAAUGUCCUCACUCC